AUGGCCGAAGGCAGGAAGUCGGAGGCCUCCCUCGAGGAGAUCACUGAUGCGUUCAAAAAGCUCAGCUUCCAGGAGAACGCGGGACUCGAUGUCGCCCACAACGUCGUGACCGAAAUCGUUCCAAAAUCCAGGAGGGGCUUUGGCUCUCUCCCAACUGAGUUGCACAUUGCCAUUGUGGAGGACUGCGAUGACUACACUUUGCUGAGUUUACGUCGAGUCUGUCAAAAUUUGGCGCUAGACACGAACGAUAUAUUCGCCAAGCGAUUUUUCACCACGGUCUAUCACUGCCUGACACAAGACUCUAUGGACAGGCUGAGCGCCAUCGCCCACACUCCGAGAAUCGCUCGUCAUAUAACCACGCUGAGCCUCGACAUCGGCCUAAAACAAUGCCGCAAGAUCAAAAAGCGAAAGACGCGGGUCAAGCCGGGGGACUGGAUGUUCGUGAAGGGAGAUCAUCAGAUGGAGGACUCGAGUCAACUGGCUGAAGCGCUGCGACAGCUUUCGGCACUUGAUGCAGGUUCAGUUGUGGUGGCACACUCAGCUAACUCUGCUAUCGACCUCCAUUGCUUGACUACUGCGCUACUUCGGUCGAACCAUGCGCUCCGCAAACUCCGGAUCGACGUCAACGAUGUGCACAUCAUUCCAUCGUCCGAGCUACAGAACUUGUCUCUUGACGACCUCGAACGCCGCAGAACAGUCUGGAGCAAGUUAGAAGUCCUUGAGCUGGAUUUGUUCUACGAUGAGGAUCCAUCCGCCUUUUCUCAAGUCACGGACUUUAUUGGUGUGCUCAACAGUGCUUCAAGCCUCCAGAAUCUCACUGUGACAUCCUACUGCUCCCCUGGUGUGACGGACUUGUACAAGACAUUGGGAGCAGAUCAACUUCGUACGCUAGAACUGGAGGGCGAGGUCCUGUCAAGCGCAGACCUUUGUAGUGUCCUUGAACACUAUCGCAGCUCACUCAAGCAACUGAGCUUCACACACAUCACGCUCCAUGAAUUGCAUGGGUGGCGCACUGUUCUACGGAAAAUCAGAAACGAUAUGCAACUCGAGAAGUUGAGCGUAUUCCACGUCGACGACUCCGAAUCUGGUCACUCGCAGCGAUUCGGCACUUAUCGUGAAGAGGGAUUCUCAUUCAAUCUACAGCCGUCUGCAAUGAGAGAGAAAUUGACCAUAUUGCUGAAGCUUUUCUCUCGCUAG